AGCAUCCCCACGAAGGGCGGAGCGACCGCAGAUCGCAGCAGCAUGUGGACGCUCGGGCGCCAAGCAGCCGCCGGCCUGCUGCCCCGGACGGUGUCGCUGAGUCCGGCCCAGGCCCGCGCCGGGGUCCCGCGCCCAGAGACGCUCACGCGGUCCUGUGGUGGCCCAGGCCUGUGCGUCCGGACAGCGGCGGGAUAUGCGCCGCGCCACGCCAAUCUAAACCUCUACUACCUCAACCAGAUUCUAAAUGGUAAAAAGCAGAGUGUCCAUUUGAUGCAUUUGAGGAACUCAGGAACUUUGGGCGACACAGGCACUCUAGAUGAGACUGCCUAUGAAAGACUAGCAGAGGAGACACUGGACUCCCUGGCAGAAUUUUUUGAAGACCUCGCAGACCAGCCCUACACAUUGGAGGACUAUGACGUCUCCUUUGGGAGUGGCGUCUUGACAGUUAAACUAGGUGGAGACCUAGGAACUUACGUGAUCAACAAGCAGACCCCAAACAAGCAGAUCUGGUUGUCUUCUCCCUCCAGUGGACCCAAGCGCUAUGACUGGACUGGAAAGAACUGGGUGUACUCUCACGAUGGCAUAUCCCUCCAUGAGCUGCUGGCCAGGGAGCUGACUGAAGCCUUAAAAACCAAACUGGACUUGUCUUCCUUGGCCUAUUCUGGAAAAGGCACUUGAUGGCCCUCCAAGUUUUAAAGAUGUUAAAUGCUGUGAGGCCAAGAUCCCAGCUUCCUUCUGCAGCUGAGUGUCUUUUUUUCCCCAUUCCUCCUUUUGAGGGCAGCCACAGAAUGUGGAAGGCUCUGUGAAAAGAACGUGUUAACACCCACCCUGCCCCAGAAUCUGAUUUUUAAUUUCUACAGGAUUGUUUUUGAUUGUCUGAUUACCUCCCUCACAUGAUACAUCUUAUCUUCUGUAAUGUCUUAUUUCCAUACCUUAAUGCAGUAAUAACCUUACCAAAAGAAAACAAAGAAAAAUCCCAGGAGGAGAAAUGAAUUGUCUUCAUUCUUUGAAGGAUUUACUGCAAAAGCCACAUGAAGAGCAGCCAGCCACCCUCAACGUUCUGUUUGAAAAUGAGACUCACUGAAGAGUAGUUUUUAAAUGUCCUCAUGCCUCUUCCAAAGCAUACACAUUUCUGAGCCCUUUGAUAUUGUCAAAAGAAACUCAACUGAAGACUAUUCCCACUUGUGCUUUGUGACUGUUAGGAUAUGAUCUGCAUUGCGUUAUGCAGAGGACCUUGUGCUUUUGCUUCCAUUUAUUUGUAUAUCUAUGCACUCACACACACAUACUGUGUGUGUGUGUGUGUGUGUGUAUACUUUUUUCUUAGUUUGAAACCCCCAAAGACAAAACAUUUUUCCAUAACUGGAAGGAUGUAAUACAAGCAGUGUUGUGAAGCUGAGAAGGUACAUUAUAAAUAUGAAGGGCCAGGGCCAGGGAUUUAGCUCAGUGGUUUGGCUGCCUGCCUUGCAAGCACAAGGUCCCGAGUUCCAUCCCUGAUACCAAAAAAAAAAUGAAGGGAUAAACAGGAAAGAGAUAUAUUCAUAAAAUAACAGUGGUUCUGGACUGCACUGCAGCCCUGAAGCAAGUCUUAUCUGUGCACACAUUCCCAAAGUCCCUAGACCUCUGUUUUCUCCUCUGUUAAGUAAAAGAAUAGAAUUGAUCCCCAAAAUUCAGACAACCUGUCUGGCAACCCAGUGGGCCACUUUUAAUUCCCACUAGUUAGAUGAGAUGACUGUCAUCAGUUUUUUAAGCAAUAAAAUAAACAUAUUGUUGCGGUACUGA